AUGAACAAUGUACACAUAAUUAAACCUUUAUCACUUCCACAGAGGUUUUUUAGUUGUAUUUUCCAUCCUCUAUUACUGAUAUUCUUUACUUCUGUUAUUUUAACUAUUUGGGGUUCCUUUUCAGUCAUUGACAUUACAAUGGCAAAAAUGUCUCACGCACAGGUCAAACGAAAUGAUACCGUCUCAACCUUUGCAUCUAUUUCAACUGCUACAGCGACAGCCACAACAACGGCCACAACAACGGCCACAAUGACAGCAGUCACAACACAGCAUGCCAUAUAUUCUGCCAACAGUUACUCUUUAAAUAAAACAUUCAUUGAUAAUACAAUUGAUCAGUAUUUCGAAAGCAAACUACGGAGUAUUGAAUCUACGGUAGGUACGGAUAUGCAAGAAAAAUUCAAGUCAUACACAGACGACAUACUGGAUAAUAAACAAAAACUUAUCAACGACCAAAUAAGUUUGGAAACUGAAUUGAUUAAGGAAGUUCUUGAGGUAAACAAUACAAUUUUUAACGAACUACUCACUAAAUCACAGCUGAUAAAUGACACAUGGAAUGAAAUAUCAGAAGACGCAAUGACCAUUGAUAAGGAUUCCAUUUCACAAAUGGCAUCAAACCUACUGUUAAAUUACUCCAUGUUUGACAGUAUUUUUGGGAACUACUCAAGGAAAUUGAAAUCAUUGCAGAACUUCAAUGGCACUAUCACUGACUUUUCUACUCAAUUAGAUACCUCUAGUACCUUAAGUUUGAAUUUUCUACGAAAUUCCACUGACUGGCUUCAGUUGAAAAGGAACUUUACUGCAAACUUACAGAAUGAAAUUUCCAUUUUAUCUGGGGGGAGUACCGAGGUUACAUCGUCUACUUCAAUAAUUAAACGGUCUCUGAAAACAAAUAGCGAGGAAAACAGUGUACUAAGUGCAGUAAAAAAUCACGUUUUCCGUAAAUGUAAGAGAAUGACAAUAAUUUUCACAGUCAUGUACUUUGCAUUUGUGAUUUUGCUCAUGGCAAUCGAAAGAAUUCUGUUUCAGCUGGAAAAUCAGCAAGUAAACCUGGUUAUGUCCCAAAUUAAUGGCCUGACAGGACAAACCAAUUUUACUAAAUACAACAAAGUUUUGAAAAGCUUAAUUACUACUCUGAAUCUCAGUACACUUUAUCCAAUUCCCUACCAAUUAACAAAGCUUAUCAAUCAAAAAAUAUUUAAAAGAGAACCAGAAAAAAUCGAUGACAAAAAAGUCAAAAAAUCAAAACUAUUUUACUGUAACUGGUGGAUAAUCUCAAAUGGGGCUCACCUGUGGCUGUUUGGUUUUUUGAUGUUAUUAAUUCAUUGGCAGAUAGUGACGCGAUUAACAAACUUUGAAGUACCCAGUUUGCCUACAUUCCACAAAAGAGCGGGACCUUCGCUAUACAAAAGGGAAGUUUGGACAGAUGGAAAUAUAACAACUACGAUAGAGGGUUUCAUUAAUGACAGCGUAUCAUUAUUGUGUGAAAAUUUCCAAAUGGAAGUGAAUGAAAAGUUCAUUACAGCAAAUUUAAGCCUUCAAACUGACCCCAAUUUGAAAGUGCAAUCAACGGACAUCCUAAAUCUUUGGGUUAACGACACAAACACUCAGUUUGAAAAAUAUCUUAAUGAGAGUUCUCAAAAUUGGCAGGGGAUAGACCUGCAGGUUGAGCCUCUGUUAGGCAGCGAUUCAAUUAAUGAGUUCCUGGGUCAGUAUUUCCUACCGACAUACGAAGUUACGAAUACAAAUUCUUCAUUUGCACUGGACAUUCAAAAAUAUGGUAUAAUUAAUCGAGGAAUUAAUAUAACCAACGCAUCGGUAGCGGCAUUGUCUUCACUGUCAAAACGCCAAAUAAAGGAUAAGGAGCAAAAACAAACGUACUUUUUACACACUGUUUAUAAGUGGGGACUUUUAGCAGUUUGCCUGACUAUAUUGUUCCACCACAUGCUUAUAUUUAUAAUAUUAAAGUUGUAA